GUAACUGAGCGUUUGAGGGGCGGGUCUUCUGUCUUCCCCUCGUCGGAAGUAGGCGCAGACGUCCCUUCUUUUUUAUAUCCAUUAAAAAAGGACUCCCCCUUUCCCCCAUAAAGAGAAACAUGGAGGCCAAAAUGGAAGAGUAAACGAAAAACGGGAACAUAAUUCACCCCUUUUGUUUUCUUAAAUCGUGUGGACCGGAUGAAAUCCAACUGUGGUUUUCGCCGCUUCGCCGGGGAGGUAGCUGUAUCUGCUGGGGAGGUUGGCUCGACCGGGAUAGGUAGAGAUGAAAUUUACCGAACCCUGGGAGCGCCAGAGGCUGUGUUCUCUUCUGGAGAACGCAGUCUCUAGGGAAGCCAUGAUGUGGAAGGCCUACGUGCCAAAGAAGCCCUCCCCACAGGUGAGGGUCUGCCUCCUUCUCGUUGGUCACUUUACACAGAUGAGGGUCUGCCUCCUUCUCAUUGGUCACUUUACACAGGAUACAGACAUCUCCCCGGCCCAGAGAGACGAGGCAGUGCGCUGGCUGGCAGAGGUCCACGGCAGUCUGCAGCUGUACCCAGAGACGCUAGCGCUAGCCAUUAGCAUCCUGGACCGCUUCCUAGGCCCCAUCAAGGCCCGCCCCAAGUACCUACGCUGCAUCGCCAUCGCCUGCUUCUUCCUGGCUGCUAAGACCUGCGAGGAAGAUGAGUGCGUGCCCUGCGUCAGUGUGCUGGCUGGCUCCAGCGGCUGUGACUGUACGGUCUCUGAGAUCCGGCGGAUGGAGCGGGUCAUCCUGGACAAGCUGCACUGGAACCUCCACACUGCCACGCCGCUCCACUUCCUGCAGAUCUUCCAUGCUCUGCUGGUGUGUGGGGGCUCCAUGGUUCUGGUGGGGGGCAGUCGCUCCCAGCACCUCUCCCUCCUCACCCGCCGGCUACACCACUGCCUGGCCGACCACACACUCACACAGGUGCGCGGCUCCAUGCUAGCUCUGUCUCUCAUCUCCCUGGAGCUGGAAUCCUGCUGUUCUGACUGGCUGAUACUUACCAUAGACCUGCUAAGCAAGGCCAAGAUGGACAGCCGGGAGUUGAUCCGGUGCAGAGAGCAGUUGUCCCGUCGUCUUUCCACUCAGAGAGCUUCCCUCCCUCCCAACACGCUGUACAUCUACCACCCCCGCCAGGACCCCCCCCGCCGGGCCCCGGCCCCUGGCUCCACUCUGUCCACCGCAACACAAGACCCGGCCUCCAGCGAGGGGGCGUGGACCCCCCACUCCCACUCCAGCCCCACCCCUCCUCUUCUACCUGCCCAGCUCCACCGCCCCCAUCUGCACACCCUCAGCGUGCGACGCAAGCCCUCUGCCAAACGCAAGGUGGAGGUGAUGGAGGUGGACGACUUCUUCGAUGGAAUCAAACGUCUGUACAACGAAGAGUCUGAGCCCCCUGCGGGCGGACGAGGAGGAACAGGAGGAGGAGAGGAGGAGGACCGGGGGCGGGGUUUAUGCAGUGUCCUGGCGCCCAGACAGGAAGGCAGCGUCUCCCCCUGCCCGCCUCUGCAGCCCAUCCCCGCCCCCUAGUGGAGGAAGAGAAGACCACCGCAGCCACACACCGUGUUUACUGAAACCCUCGCAGUGCUCAGAUGACCUGCCACGCCCUCUAGACCCUAGGGUAACCCCUCUACAUCUGAAGCCCCUUCUAGACCCUGUUAGCGCAACCUCAUUUAUCGCUAGCUGUGGCUAGCUGUGACUAGCUUUAAGAAGCUGGGGUAUAUGCUAGUUAGCUGUAACCAGCUGUGGCGAGCCACAAUCAGUGACUGGUUUCUAGAUAGCAGUGAGAGUUUAGCAGUGUCUAGUUAAUUGAAGCCCGUGGCUGGUGAACAGUGAGGGGCUUGCAGUACUUUUAGGGUCUCAGCAAACGGGUGGUGUGUGUUCGGUGGUCCCUAGUGGAGGAGCAACGUUCUGAGGCAGCUUCAGUUCACCUCACAGUCCAAGCACAGAGCCACCAAAAAUCUACUC